CACCUACCUACCAGCUUCAAGAUUUUAUUAUACAAGAGGUUAUCCAGAAAAUUUUUGCUCAUUGUGUCGAAAGCUUAUCACGUGAACGCCUCGUGGUACGAUCGAUCCAAUUGCUUACGAACUUUAGCUUACAUAAGUCUACUUCGUUAUAUUGUUAUAAAUUAAGGAGGGCAUUUCAUUUUCUCGCAUGACAGCAGUUGAUCCAUGCAAAAAGUUUGCAUGUAAAUUGCAGCUGUGUUUAAAAGAUAACGUCUACCAACCUUCACGUUGUGAGGCUGUAAUAGAGGAAAUAAGACAGUGUUGCAUCAUACAUUCUGCUGUAUCAACAGUUUGUGACGGUAUAGAUACUUCUAAACCAUACGAACACAACACAGUGGAUUAUAGGACAGCACAGAAGUAGUUUCAUCAUGUUAAAUCCAUCUACAAGGGAAUUACUAUACAAACUGCUUGCAGGUGGAGCAGGAUGUUUUGUACUUUGGAAUGUCUACCUAUUAACCAAUGUAGUAGAACUUCCAAAGCCAAAAAAGUAGACAUAAAUGUGAAUUGACAUUAUUUGCACAAGUAAUGUAUCAAUAAAUAGUAAAUAUAUAUACUUUGGUAUGUAGCAAAUAAUGUGAUGUU